UUUUUUUUCCUUUUUAUAUAUAUAUUUUUUUACUUCAUGACAAGCCAUCAACCACCCUUGAUACCCAAUAUAGUUGCUGUUCAGUUCCUUCGACAAGCCAGUACUAUGCUUGACUUGUAACUAUGUCCCUAGUGUUGAAUAGGGAUGAUUAAUAUAACUAUAGGCCUAUACGAACUACAGCAACAGCUGUUAUGUAUUAUCACCGUUUCAAGACAUGGAUGGAUCACAAAGAAAAAGUGAUUCAUUUGGAUGGCAUGACAGAAGAAGAAGCAUUGUAUCAGAAUGAAGAGUUAUUAACCACUACUUGCUUACAACUGGCUUGUAAAGCAACAGAAGUACCCCGCAAAGUACGUGAUCUCGUCAAUGUAGGCUAUCGAUAUUACCAUGCAAAAGAACCUACUUUAAAUAUUGAUGAAAAUUACUUUAAAAUGAGAUCUUCAUUAGUCACCAGUGAACUAUUACUUGUGCGUGCUUUAGGAUUUGAUUUGGAAGUCGAAUUACCUUUUGCGUAUUGUCUAAAUGUCUUGAGAGGAUUAGGAUCCAUUCGUUAUUUUGUGACAGAUGAAAGAAAGCAUACCAAACGUCAUCCAGCACAAAAAGAAGUAUGGAAGCGUAUGGAGAAUGACAUGGAUCCUGAAAUGAGUGCUAUUGCUCGACUGGCUUGGAUGUAUGUAUGGGAUAGUCUUUUGUCUCCCAAGAUUGCAUUGACACAUGCUAUUCCAAGCAUUGGUCUUGGUUGUCUUUACCUUGCACUACAAACAUCCCAAACAGACAUGCCCAUGUCCAUGAGUGAAUAUGUGGAUAUGUGGGGUGCCUCUGAAAAUAUCUCUGUUCAAGCUGUACGUGAUGUAGUGAUUGAUUUAUUAGAAUUCUAUCAACAUUUCCCUUCUACCAUCUCAACACCCAAUACAAAAAUACCAGUAAAGAAAACAUAAAGACUUUAUU